AUGGGUUUCCAGCAGAGCGCACACGAGGCGGCGGUGUACCGGCGAGGCAGCGGUCGCUCCGUCCUGCUGGUGGGCAUCUACGUCGAUGACCUCGUCAUCACCGGCACAGAAGAAGCAGAGGUGGAGGCGUUCAAGGCCCAGAUGAAGGCCACCUUCCAAAUGAGUGACCUUGGCCUCCUCUGUUUCUACCUCGGCAUCGAGGUGCGGCAAGACAACGCCGGCAUCACCCUUCGUCAAGCUCACUACGCCAAGCGCAUUGUCGAGUUGGGUGGCAUGGACGGCUGCAACCCCGCCCACACUCCGAUGGAGGAGCGGCUGAAGCUGAGCCGUUACAGUGACGCAGAGGAGGUCGACGCGAUGCAGUAUCGGCGCAUCGUCGGCAGCUUGUGCUACCUGGUACACACCCGGCCGGACUUAGUGUUCGCCGUCGGGUACGUGAGCCGGUUCAUGGAGCGACCGACGGUGGAGCACCAGCAGGCCAUCAAGCGGAUCCUGCGCUACAUUGCGGGCACCCUCGACUACGGCUGCACUACGCGAGGCGUCCUAGCGUUGCGCACUUCGUCAGCUACUGCGACAGCGACCUCGCUGGCGACAUCGACACUAGCAAGAGCAUGA